CGGAGGUAACGGACCAACUGAAGGUCCAAAGGACACCAUGUAUUAGAGUGUAUUCGCCCAUUAAAAAUUCAAGAUCCAAAAUCGGUACAUACGAAUUCAAUUGAGCACCGAGCGUCUUCAUACUGCGAAAUUGUUUUGGUAUGUUACGGAAAUCAUUCGCGGGCUCUGCACUCACAAGCGCGGGCAACCCUCCAUUUACCUUAUGUUCACGUCGUUUCACGACGGCAGGCGGCGUUGGUCAGUUGCCGGAGACUGUCUUCCCAGUUUCGCCUCGAGUUGUUCGAGAAAAUGUCGGUCCAUGGAGGGUAGCGCUGGCCAGCUCGCCAACAGCCACUGUGAAGAUCUCGAAUCUGAUCAGUCUUACUACGAGAACGCUCUCAAGAUACAGAAAUGAAUCCGCAUGUUCAUAACGAAAUUAUUAAUGGGCGAAUACACUCUAUUGACUACUAGAAAAAGCAUCUGUAACAAAGACGAACCUAGCAUGUGUCGUUCUUGCUGUCUGUAUGUAUUAUUUAGCGCUCCUG